UUUUCUCACCCACUUUCUCCCUUCAUUACGGAACCCCUCGUACCUUAUGUCAGAUGGUACCUAGUCCAGCCAAUUCUGUGUCCUGCGACAUCCAUUUUUGCUGUUGGUUUGGCGAUAUAUGGUGUCUUUUGUUUGUCCUUCAAAUAAUCAAGAAUCGGGCAACAGUUCCAUGUCCUAUAGGCUCUCUUAACAUAUCUUCCGGUAUAGUCCACGGUUGUGUCUCCCCUGCAUAUCUUCUUUCAAUGCUGUUCUCGACGAUUUUGGCCUUCAUGAAAGAAAUGGCGGGAAUGUAUUUCACGAGCCCAUUGUUUUUCUAUUCCGUUUCCUGGGUUAUCAUCAAUUUCUUCAAAACCUCACUUGAUGCUCUAUUGUGAAAUAUCACUCUCCAGUCGGUGUUCUCAAUAGUGCUGAUAUGGGGAUUAUUGGGCUGUUGAGGGCAGAAUCCGCAGUAACUCUGGCAGACGUCUUUGUGACUGCCGUAUAAUCUAGAUUUCUGUCAGUACACAACAUCCAGAUCCAAGUGGCG